AAACUUCGUCGUUCUACCUAUCUCAGGUAGCGCAUGCCGCUACUCGCUGGAUCUUCAACUUUAAAUGGUCAUUGAGGCCAAUAGUGGAAAAUGUCACAACGUGGUCCAUUGCUUAGUAAACUAACCACGGCCAGUGCCGUCCUUGGCCAAAGGGAAGGGAAAAAAAGGAGAUCAGCAUAACCUUCAUUACGUGCAUGACUGUUGGAGCUACACACAGCUCAUCACACUUUGCGAUACAUGUCAUAGAGGCUUGCAUCGCAUCAGUCUCCCCUUCACGGCUCUUGUUGUCGCAAUGUCACCGAGAUGAACCGCGCUCCGUCUUCGCGUCCGUUGCCGACCGUGGAAGACAUCGACAAACUACGUGAUGCCUUCGCACCCAUCCUCCCGCUUCUCGAUGGAUUCAACCAUCGCCACAAGAACCAACAUCGCGCAUCGCACUGGUGGUCGCGCUUUGCACUUCUGAGGCGUGCGGUUCGUGCAAUCGUCAAAUCACCGGAGCGGAAGCCUGAGGCUUUACUACCAAGGAUCGCAUGGAUGAAGGAGCAAGUGAUCCCCAAGACCUACCUACCAUUGACGCAAUGUGCUGCGGAUAAUCAGCAUGCGCCACUGGGACUUCUGCUGGUGACCAUUCUCGCCCGCAUCAACGCCGCUGUUGCAGCAGCAUUGCCUACUACAGAGGAUGACUUGCGCCCGGCAGCAGGUCACGCUUCUGAACAGCCCCCUUCUCAGCCAGCAAAGGCAGGGUCUUCGGAAAAGGGCGAGCUAAUAUCGCGAGAUGCCUUGGACCUGCAUGGGAAGACGACUUUGCGAGAAACGGCAAAGGCCACGUCAUCGGGCGUCAACAAAGUCCAGAAGAUGACCAAGACGAGAGAAGAACCCAGAGCCCAGCUGAACAAGAAGAAGAAAAAGAAGAAGGCGGCAAAAAGUGACGACUUUGCUAGCAUGUUCGAUUCAAUCUGAAAAUAGUUCAUUCAAUCUCACACUAGGCUUGCGAUCACGAGCAUGCUAUCCCACAAGCUUGACGUGUAAAAGUGAAAACUAUGUUUCUACCAACGCAAUGCAGGCAGUAGCCGUUGCCAUAUUAUCAUCCCCAGCCAUAGCGCCUCUCUCAAACGUGUCCGUAGACAAACAAAUCAUCACUCAAAUCAUGGCUUCCGCGACCCAAACCGGGAACGGCACUGUACGCAAUCUCCUCGGUGGCCUUGCUGACAGGGCCUCGCAGCCGGCCCGGCCCAGGGUCAAUUAUAUAGGGCGGUACGACCAAAUGCGAGCCUUGUUGUCACCGGAACCAGUGGCAAAGUAGCUGCCCAGUGGAGAGGGCGCUACCGAGAUGACCGAGUUCUUGUGGCCCUGCAGCAUGAGCUGCGUGGUCCCGG